AUGAAGGCGAAACCACUGGGCAGUUACUCGGACUCGAAACGGUUUGCGUACCGUAUCAACAAGCAAGAGAACAGAGCGGAUCUGAAACGAGUGCAGUUCUCUCCAGAUGAUGAUCAAGAGACCAGUAGUGGCGCCGUGAUAGCUCUGCCCAAGAAAAAGUUCUACAGACAACGGGCGCACUCAAACCCGUUCUCGGAUCACCAAUUGGAGUACCCUGAGUCUCCUGAUGCGAUGGACUGGGCGGAACUCUACCCGGCGUACGUGGACGGUGCGACAGGGAAGAUGACUCAGGAGGUAACGAUUGCCGACAUAGGGUGUGGAUUUGGUGGGCUAAUGGUGGACUUGUCCCCAGAAUUCCCAAAGGAUUUGAUCCUGGGGAUGGAAAUCCGUGUGCAAGUGACCAACUACGUAGAGGACAGGAUCAUCGCAUUGAGGAAUAACAACCUCGGGAGCACGGAACACAACUACCAGAACAUCAACGUCUUGCGGGCCAACGCCAUGAAGUUCCUGCCCAACUUUUUUAAGAGGGGCCAGCUGUCCAAGAUGUUCUUCUGUUUCCCGGAUCCGCACUUCAAGCAGAGGAAACACAAGGCGAGAAUCAUUACGAACACGCUGCUCAGCGAGUACGCCUACGUACUACGGGAGGGCGGCACCGUGUACACUAUCACGGACGUCGAGGACCUCCACCACUGGAUGGUCAAGCAUUUGACAGAACACCCGCUGUUUGAAAGACUCGACGGAGAGUGGGAAGCGCAGGACAAGUGCGUCUCCAUCAUGCGCAAUGCCACGGAGGAGGGCAAGAAAGUCGAGCGGAAAAGAGGAGACAAGUUCGUCGCCUGCUUCAAAAGACUGCCAUCCCCGCAAUUAAGCUGA